AUGACUGCAGGCAGAGUCAACCCUUACAGCAUCGUGUCCUCCGAGGAAGACGGGCUGAGGUUGACCACCAUGCCAGGUAUCAACGGUUUUGGCAAUGGGAAAAUCCACACCAGGAGGAAAUGCAGGAACAGGUUUGUAAAGAAGAACGGUCAGUGCAACGUGGAGUUCACCAACAUGGAUGACAAGCCACAGAGGUACAUUGCAGACAUGUUCACCACGUGCGUUGACAUUCGUUGGAGGUAUAUGCUCUUGCUCUUUUCCCUGGCAUUUCUGGUGUCAUGGUUAUUGUUUGGGCUGAUUUUCUGGCUAAUUGCACUCAUUCAUGGAGACCUAGAAAACCCAGGUGGAGAUGAUACCUUCAAGCCUUGUGUUCUGCAGGUCAAUGGCUUUGUGGCUGCUUUUCUGUUCUCCAUCGAGACCCAAACGACUAUUGGUUACGGCUUCCGCUGUGUGACGGAGGAGUGCCCGCUCGCGGUCUUCAUGGUGGUGGUUCAGUCCAUCGUGGGGUGUAUAAUUGACUCUUUCAUGAUUGGUGCAAUAAUGGCAAAGAUGGCCAGGCCCAAAAAACGGGCCCAGACAUUACUUUUCAGCCAUAACGCAGUAGUGGCAAUGAGAGAUGGAAAACUCUGCCUAAUGUGGAGAGUUGGGAACCUCCGGAAAAGCCACAUAGUAGAAGCCCACGUACGAGCUCAGCUAAUUAAGCCUAGGAUCACAGAAGAAGGGGAGUACAUACCACUUGACCAAAUAGACAUCGAUGUGGGGUUUGAUAAAGGCUUGGACCGUAUCUUCUUGGUGUCCCCCAUCACCAUUCUCCAUGAGAUCAACGAAGACAGCCCCUUGUUUGGGAUCAGCCGCCAGGACUUGGAGACAGAUGACUUUGAGAUCGUGGUCAUCCUGGAAGGUAUGGUAGAAGCCACCGCUAUGACAACGCAAGCUCGGAGCUCCUACCUGGCCAGUGAGAUUCUCUGGGGCCACCGCUUCGAGCCCGUCUUGUUUGAGGAGAAAAACCAGUACAAAGUAGACUAUUCCCACUUCCACAAAACCUACGAGGUCCCAUCCACCCCCCGUUGCAGCGCCAAGGACUUGGUAGAGAACAAAUUCUUUUUUUUCUCCUUCUGCUACGAGAAUGAGCUGGCCUUCAUGAGCCGUGAUGAGGAAGAGGAAGACGAUGACAGCCGGGGUUUGGAGGACCUGAGCCCAGACAACAGGCACGAGUUCGAUAGGCUUCAAGCCACAAUAGCGUUGGAUCAACGGUCGUACAGGAGGGAGUCAGAAAUAUGA